AUGGCGAGUCUGGUUGUAGGCUCGACAUCCUCUAUCGAUAUGUCUCCUUGUCUACCCCCCAAAAUACUGUCACCAUCCCAAAUAUACUCGAAUCUUAACGCGAAUCCCAGUACGUCAAGGGCGGGGCCGUCAAACGCGGAACGGGCGCGACCGAAACCUGCUUUUGACAAGCGGUUUAUUACGGAGUUGGGCAAUUCCACUUUGUUGCGGAACGUGGUGUACGCUGCUGAGGGAGCUUUUGAGGAACCGGCUGGGAAGAAAAAGAAUACCUUCGACGGGGCUGUUGCGUCCCUCGAUACUCAGGCGAUUCAGAAUUGUCCGAUUCUUGAGUAUAACUGGCGGUGGUUCUAA